ACAUACCCGAAUCUCAUUCCUCUCCUCGAAACCCCUGAGUACAUAAGAUAACAGAAGGGCCCCCAAUAUGAUCGUCAACAAUCCUGACGCCCCUGAACACAUGAAGGCUUUCUCUCCUGUCUCCGAAAAGUCGUCGCAGCAGGAUGCUGAACGAGCACUCCCUCCACCACCGCCUUAUUCCCCACAUGCUGGCCCGAGUCGUGUCCCGCAGCCCGCGCCGAAUGUGCCUGCGAUCCCUUCGGGACCAACAUCAGUCUUCCAACCCCUGACCACCCAGACUGUCAAUCACACCGAGUUGUUCUCCAAGCACGAUGCCAUCGCAGGAACAUUCGUCGUGGAUCCCGCGCUACCAUCGCCUAUGGCGAACCUGUCGAGGAACCUGCGCAGGAAGCCCGACUCGGUGUGGGGCAAGACUAGAGGCAGGAAAAACAAGCGUCAGCACGAGGUGAAUGCAUCAUUCCAGACGCGCCACGGACGCAUCAACCUCGACCUCGCCAUUUCCUCGAAGGAGGCCGGCCAGGCGACUCCCUUCCCGGGGGACAAGCUGCCGACCCGAGUGUACGUCUCGACCCAUCAUGGGCGUGUCAGCGUCAACGUGCACGAGGUUCAGCCGAGCCGCUCGCUCGACCUCCAAGUCGAGUCGCGCCACGGGCGCAUCAACCUCCUCUUGCCCCCCACGUUCGACGGCCCGCUCGUCGUGCAGGCGCGCUCCCUUGGCGCCGUCCAGUUCCUUCCGCACUUCGCCGCACGCGCGCGCACAGUCCGCGGGAAGGACCGCGAGACCGUCGUCCUCGUUUCCUCGCCCUUCUCCUCCCAAUCUGCUCUCGCCAUCGAGGCGAAGCAGCUUGGCGAGCUCGCGGGCCCUGGUUCGGAUAGGUGCCUAGUAAGGACACGCCACGGGAAAAUCACGAUCGGGAUCAGCGGGCUCGACAAGAUCGAGGAGCCGCUCGAGGGUUCGAACUUGUUCGAGAAGGUCGGCCGGUUCUUCGAGACGCAGGGGCGGGCGUUCGGACAGUAUAUGGAGACCCAGGCGCGGUUGAUUGAGAAGAGGGCACAGGAGUGGGCGGGGAACGUGAACACCGGGAACGAGUAUCACGAUGGGAAGGGCCCGGAGGUACCGGGAAGGUUCCCGUAUGAGCGGUACGAGAGUGCGAGCCAGGCAGGUGGAAGGAGCGCCGCGGCGGGGAAGCAAUAAGUCCGCCUGAAAUUGGGGAGGGCCUCAUGCGUUGACAUGCAUAUCAGAUUACGCGUGUGCUGUGCUGUAUGUAUGUGCACAGCUCAAUGAUUUCGCUCGGCAUCUUUUCCGAAUUGUGGUAGCACGUUAUGGUUGUUUCUGUUGUGCGAUACAAUACUGAUAUCUCUUCAAUCGAUGCAGGAUAAACCACUCAAGCAAAAUGGGUCAAUAUGAGGCAAGGAGUGUCGGAAGUCAACAUCACAGGGAGAGUCUUCGGAAGCCAAGUAACUCAUGAUCGCGCACUCUGUAGGCGUUUCCACUGGGCCUCGUAUGAUGACGGACCUUUCCCUGAAUUCCUUGCAUGAGCAGCCUCGACCGCUGGCCCAUCAUCCUUCCGCUUACGCUUCCCCAGGUCGCGAUCACUUCCGCCUGAAGGGGCGGAGAAUGGUUUGGGUUCAGGAAGCGUCUUAGUGGCGACAACGGGAACGUGUGUAUACCGGACCGAUAAUUCUCGCAUGCCAUCGCGGGUCCAGCUCGUCAACAUGGCCAGUGCAGGCGCGUAGAAGAAGACAGAUAAGAGAAGUUCUUCUGGUCCUCUCAGGCCGAAUUGAUCUGGAUGCUUGUCGUUGGAGUGAUUCUUGAGCCUGCGGAGUACGGACGCUAGGUAAGCACCGUCUGACAGGAAUCCGUCGGUGAUGUCACAGGCAUCAACUCUCGGAUCAGUGGAUGCUUAGGGAGGGACGAUGAGUAGCGUACAACGAGGUGCACGGAUCUCGUUGUAGUCUCUACGAACGAUUGCUUGGGUAGAGACGUUGGAAGAAUAUGAGUGAGCACUUGGAGCUGUUACCGGUGCUUGUGGCUGCGAUUGCGGCACAUACCGGGAUUGCCUGCAGUGUAUCAGAGUCCGUUGCCGAGGCAUGAACUUACCUCAUCUGGCUUGGCCGCCGCCCACGUCGCCGGAGAUGCUGAAGGUAGAACUCAAUUUGAUACCACAGCCUAUUCUGCAGAGGGUAAAGCAUGAUCUUGGGAUGGGCGACAAGGAUAUAUCUACGAUGACAAUGGAGAAGCAAGCACUUGUGGCGCAGUUCCGUCGAGGGAGCAACAUGAAACCGUCAAAUGUUCCGGGUCAGAACAAUAUCCCACCGGACCAGCUAGGACCUGCCUCGAUAAAGCCCCUGAUGAAUCUGCGGACAGUCUGGUGGAAUGGUGAUUCUCGCGAUGCAUCAGGAAUUUUCGCAUGUCCCGCAAAGUCGAUCGUAGACUGACCAGUUGGUCCUGCAGUACCUACAAGCCAUGAAUAGUGAUAGCAUCUACGGGACUCUAAAUCCAAUGGUGCAAGUCAAGCUGAUGGGAAUGAUGCCUCAGGCCCUCAAAA